GUCAAGCAUAAAUUUGUAUGAUCAACAUUGGCUGAUUUUGAAAGCCGAUGAUACUGUUGAUUAUUCUGAAGCAAAUAAAAUUCUCCUGUUGCCGCCGUCAGAAAGAAAACCUGCACACUUUGUCAAGAACAAAAAUUAUUUCUUUAAUCUUAGCAAAGAGAAUACCAUCGCUUUGCUUUUUGCCGCUUCGGCAUCUUUAAUAGUCUCAGUGUUGGUGGCAUCUCGCUGGUUUAUGAGGCGAGUUAAAUUAUCUAUGUUUACAAAAAAUUCAAAUCGCGCUAAUG